UUUGCUUCAUACUUUAAUUUCUUCAAUGGCUCUUUCUUCUAAGUUCCUAGUUUUGUUCUUUCUCUCUCUAUUUCAGUUCCAAAUUCUGAUCAAAGCUGAUGAUUUCAUCCAAUCAAGUGCUGCUUACUAUUCGAACUCAGCGCAAAAUGGCACAUCAGAUGGAGCAUGCGGAUAUGGCUCGUUUGGUGCAACUCUCAACGAUGGCGAUGUAUCUGCUGCAAGCAAUCUCUACAGAAAUGGUGUCGGUUGCGGUGCAUGCUACCAAGUUAAAUGCACCAAUGCGAACUACUGCUCAGACAACGGCGUGACCAUUGUGAUCACAGAUUCAGGUGCAAGUGGUAGUACUGAUUUUAUACUUAGCCAGCGUGCAUUCGCUCAGAUGGGUCAGACAACAGAUGCAGGGGCUUCUCUUUUGGCUCUCGGAUUUGUUGGUAUCGAGUACAGGAGGGUUUCUUGCAACUACCCAAACAAGAACAUCACCUUCAAGAUCGACGAGGCCAGCAACCCCCCGAACUAUAUCGCCUUUGAAAUAUGGUACCAACAAGGAAACAAAGAUAUAACCGCAGUCCAAUUGUGCGAGACCGUGAAUUUGACGUGCAAGCUGUUGAGCAGAAGCCAUGGAGCAGUGUGGACUGUAGUUUCUCCUCCGAGCGGAGAUCUCUCUAUAAGGAUGCUGUUGAGCGGAGGAGAUGACGGAGAUGAGAGCUGGGUCGUGGCUGCUAAUAAUAUACCGCAAAAUUGGAAAUCUGGAGAUGUUUAUGACUCUGGAGUACAAGUGAAUUAAUGAUGGAUAACUGGGCGUGAAUUUUUUUUAAAAAAAUUAAAAAUAAAAAUAAAGUAUUGACUACUUACAGACAUUUGUAUUACUUACUAGUAUGUUUGUUGAAUUGUUGUUCUUACUUAUUAUUGCAUUGUAUUGUAUUAAUGUAUGAU